GUCGACGGCAGCGGAGUGGCACGAACGCAGCGCCAGCUUGUAUGGCGUUGUAUGCUGUGUUGUUCAUGUAAUGGUUUAGUUUAUUUCUUUCAACAAGCGGACACUAGUUACAUACGACAGGAAGACACACUUUCGCAGGCUGAGCACACAGUUGAUCUGCAGCCUUCAGACGGGUACGAAGUAACACUCCACCCUCACUUAUUAAAUACUAACUGAAUUUCCCUCCCACUACGUUAAGUUCUCUGGCACAGAGAUGAUGCCACUGACUCUGCUUAAAGCGAGCACAGACCUGAACAAGCAGGUCAAAUCUGCGGGGCUCUUGACCACCUACACUGAGUUAAACCUGGAGAACCGGAUCCUCGCCGAGGCUUCAGCGUCUCUCUCCCACCCAUGCCCCAGCCCCACGCUACAGCUCGACUGUGCAGCUCCGCUGUGGUUCUCCAAGUCACAGUCCCCAGGACUGAAUCCUACUCAGCUCUCCUCUACUGUUGCCUCCCCCAUCCUCUCCUCCCAGCUGUUCGGUAGUCAAGAGCUCCUCAUCCCGAAGCACUGCCCUCUCCAGCCCUUGUCCUUUUCUGGUGUCAUAACUUCUGGAGAUCUCCUGUCUCCUUCUCUAGUGCAGUCUCCUGCUGAGGCAGAAGGAGAACAAGCAGUUGGAAUUGGAGAGGAGGUGCUGAGUAUGUCUGAUGAUGUACAGAGCAACAGGAAAGUGUGGAGUGAGGACUCCAGCGAGGUGUCUGUAGAGGAGUCUGCCCUGGAGCUGCCUCUGGUUGAAGAAAAGGAAGAGGAAAAGAUCCCACUGGGGCAUGAGGAGGAGUUUGGAGAGACAGAGGAGAGCAGUGUUCAAGAGGAGGAGCUGAAAGACAAGAAGUACCUCUUGCUCAACACAGUCUGCUGUUCCCUGGUGACUAAGAACACUUCUCCAGGACAGCAGGGCUGGGAUGAGGAGCACAGUUUGUGGAUGAGGAUGAAGAGCCUGGCCCAUGAUGUAGCUCUGUGUGACCCAGAGUUCUUAUUAAAGGUGGCAGUGUACACCAGACAGGAACUGAACAUCCGCAUCACUGCCAACUUCCUCCUGGCACUGGCGGCCAGUCUCCCUCACACCAAGCCACACCUGCGAAGGUAUUUCUGUGCAGCUGUGCAGCUUCCCUCUGAUUGGCUGGAAGUCGUCAGGCUUUAUAGUACGUGUUUCUCCCAGUCUUUGCCAUCCUGUCUGAAAAAUGCUCUGGUGGACAAGUUUAAACAGUUCACUGAGUACCAGCUCGCCAAGUACAACACACGGAAGCAGCGGUGCAAACACAACCGCAACAGAGCCAAAACCAAGAGCCCGUCACCGGAGCAGUGGGAAGAGUGGGCCACCAAGCUUCGAUCUAACCCAGCCGUACUGAAGAAAUACCUGAAGAUGCAGGAGCGUUCUGCGGUGAAUAAGAAGGCUGAGAAGUUCAACCUGAAGAAGAUGAUUCACAGGCUGCACAUCCGAGAGCCAGCAGAGCACGUGAUGGCCUUGAUGGGGAAGAGGUACCCCAGAGACCACCGGGAAUUCUCACGCAGUGGCCUCCGGGGCGAAUGGGACAGGGAAAGGGCAGGGCAGCGGAUGAAGCUGGCACAACCCAACACCUGGGAGCGCAAGCUGAGCCAGGAGGGGAACAAGGCGCGCACCUGGGAAAAGCUCAUCGACAGUAAUGCUCUGCCCUUCAUGGCUAUGCUGAGGAAUCUCAGGAACAUGAUCACCAGAGGCAUCAGUGAGAAACACCAUGAGAAGAUCUUGGCUAGACUGACCAAUAAGGAGACAGUUAUUCAAAGCAGACAGUUCCCCUUCCGUUUCCUUGCUGCCUACAAGGUGAUCAUGGAGCUAUAUGGUUCAGUGAAGCUUCCCUCAAACUCCACGGUGCUGCAGAAUAUCCUGAGGAAAAUCCCAAAGGUCAGGAAGUACCAGCAGCUGGACUGGCAUACAGCAGGACGCAAGAGACUGAGCAUAGCACUGGGCGUGCCCUUUGUGUACCGCAUGUAUAAGAUGAAGAAGAAUCAACUGCACAGGGCGAGCCAGAAGCUCUAUACUGAGGAGCUGUUGAGCCGGUAUCAACGGGCCCUGGAGACAGCGGUCCAGAUCUCAUGUGACUACAAUGUGCCUCCCCUCCCAGGCCACACUGUGCUGUUCUGCGUCACAUAUUUCAAUAGGACAAGUAACAGGUUUACUGCACAGCAGGACUUCUGUCUUCCCCUGGAUGCUGACAAGGAGGCUUCAACAUGUGAUUCUCUCACCCCCAGUCCCCAGGAGAUGACAGUGUUGUUAGCGCUCAUGAUGGCUCAGCGCUGUGAACACGUUCAGCUGUUUCUCUCCAACUAUAGCGGUGUUGAAGAGGUACAGCUGAAGCCUGGUGCUCUACUGCAGAAUGUGAGGCAUGUGUUAAGAAGAUUGGAGGAAAGUGAAAAGGAUGACAUCGUCUUCGAAGACUAUUCCAAGUUGUUCUUCAACUUGAGAUCACAGAACAUCAAGGUGGACACAAUAAUAAACCUGGAGGACAAUGACGGGUGUUAUGACCUUGACUUGAACAUUGAAAAGUACAGAAAGAGCAUGAACAAUGAAACCCUGCUGGUCAGACUCUUUUUAUGCUCAGAUCCGAUAAGCAAGAAGAGAAAUAAUUUGACCACAUUCUCUUCUUCUGACAAGAAGACGGACAGGAACUGCGUGGAGCUGUUUGGAUUCAGUGAACAGAUCCUCAAGUUUGUGGCAGAAAGAGGCUCUGCCAGACUUCUGGACCAUGUGGAGCAGAUGGACAAGAUUCAUAACAUCCCACCCUCAGCAGGCAGCACAGAACAGGCUGAAAGAGUCCCUGCUCUCACCCCUAUUCCUUCCACCCCAAGACUGAGGUGGCGCGGGGUGCGAGUGUUUGUGUCCUCCACCUUCCGAGAUAUGCACGGAGAGCGAGAUGUGCUGGUACGCAAUGUCUUCCCAGAGCUUCAGCGUCGCGCUGCUCCCUAUGGCCUUCACCUGCAGGAGGUAGACCUGCGCUGGGGCGUGACUGAGGAGGAGGCGGGCCGCAUGGUGGAACUCUGCCUGGCGGAGGUCUGUCGCAGCCAGCUGCUGCUCGGUAUUCUGGGAGAGAGGUAUGGGCUUGUGCCCCCUCGGCCCACCCUGCCAGAACUACCACAGUACCGCUGGAUUGAAUCUGCUCCUCCUCGUCUGUCCAUCACUGAAAUGGAGAUUCGGCAGUUUGAGUCCCUUUACCCUGAGUCUGCAGAGAGCCGCAUGUUCUUCUAUUUCAGGUCACCCCACUUCUCCAGCUCUGUUCCAGUGGCGUGGCGGACAGAGUUUGCAGCAGAAUCCAAGGAGUCAGAAUCCAGGAUGUCAGACCUUAGAAACAGACUUGUGUCUCGUGGACUGAAAGUAAACAAAAAUUACCCUUGUGAGUGGGGCGGUGUUGAGGAAGGGAAACCUUUUGUCUCAGGACUGGAGAAGUUUGGAAAGAUUGUUCUUGAAGACCUAUGGGAGGCGCUGCUGGCACUCUUUGUGGAAGAAGCGGACAAGACAGAAGCUGUGUCAGGGGUCACGGAACAGGAAUUUUACCAGGAUGCCCAGCAACGACAGUGUCAUGGGCGGGAGAAGCUCAUUGCUAUUGUGAUGGCAAAAGUUCAGGAAACCCUGUGCAAAGGUGGCAAGGGGCUGAUCCUGGUGGAGGGUGCCCCUGGAGAUGGCAAGACUGUGUUCAUGGCGGCACUGACUAAUGCCUUGAGGACUGGCCAGUCCAAAGGAACUCACAGCUGUGAUGUCAUUUCCUAUUUCACUGCUGCCAGCCAAUCAGCUUGCAAUGUGGAACAGAUGUUGCGCUACCUCAUCAGGUCACUGAGGGAAAAGUUGGGAAAACCAGAGGAGGUUUCUCUCCCUACCACUUACAAGGAUUUAUUAGCAGAAUUUUACUCUCACCUUAAUUCCCUGGAGAAACAUCAGUCAUUGAUCCUCUUGAUUGAUGGAGUGGACCUUGUGGAAGAUGCCAAAGGACAGCUGAUUUCUGACUGGAUCCCUCAUUGCCCCCCUCCGGGUGUGUGUCUGGUUCUGAGUGUCACCUCCAGCUCUUCGCUCCGGCAAAUUCUGGCUAAGAAAAAAGUGUCCGUCUCGUUUUCCCUGGGUCAGCUUUCACUGCCAGACAGGAGAGAGAUUGUUCAGAAGGAACUUGCCAUGUAUGGAAAAAAACUUAACGAUUCUGCUUUUAACAAUCAGCUACAGAUCCUAUUGAUGAAGAAAGGAGCAGUGAGUCCCCUCUACCUCUGUCUUGCCUGCAAGGAACUCAGGAGCUUUGCUGUCUUUGAAAAGAUGAAGGAGAGCCUGCAGUCUCUGCCCCAGUCUCUCAGACAGCUGGUGCAGCACUGCCUGUCCAGACUCGAGUCCCAGUACAAAGAACGGGGGCUGGGCUGGGCAAUGGGAGCACUGGCUGUCAGCAACACAGGACUCAGGGAGAUGGACCUAUACACCAUACUGGCCAUGUGCAGUGAGUUCUGCACAGGAAGUGGACUAGUCACAUGGAGGGAAUUGCUGCAGUCAGCCAGGAAGCCACAGAGUCAUGUUCCCAUGGCAGUUUUCUCUCAACUUACUAGGAAUAUACAGAGCCUGAUCGGCCAGUCCUACUGCCAAGGCCCAGACAGCCGUCUUGCCCUGACAAACCCUGAGGUGAAACUGGCCUUUGAGGAACUGUUCCUGUCAAGAGAUGAUGACAGGUCCAGAGCUCACAGCUUACUGGCAGCUUACCUUUGGGUGCAGUGUGAUCCUGAGGGCAACAGCACCUUUCUUCACUGUGACACUGAUGCCCUUGUUCACCUGCCUUUCCACCUGAUGAGCAGUGGCCACUGGGCAAUACUGCAUUCUCUGCUCUGUAGUUUUGACUUCCUGUAUGCCAACAUACGGAAUGGUCUCCUUCACCGCCUACUGGAGACAUACAGUCUGUUUGGUAAAAGGACAUUGGACAAUGAGCUGGAGGCUGAAGAUUUCUCAGGCACUGUCCAUGGAGACCUGGAAGAAUGCCACACCUUUCUGAAACACCAUGCACAUAUCUUGUCCUCUUGGCCGGCCCUCUUUGUGCAGCAGGCAUUCAAUGAGCCGGAAGGUGGAGCUGCCCACACCUGGGCCAAAGGUGUUUUGGAACAAGGGCAAAAAAAUUCUCCAAGAGGGGUACAUGUUAUGAGAUGGCACAACAAACCAGGAAAUGCCCGCAAUGAAUUCAGUGAACUGGUGUCCACCUUUCUGUCCAAACCCACCUGUGUGGCCUUGAGUCCUACAGGCAGGACCUCGGUUGUAGGCACUGGAAAGGGUUCCCUUCAUAUCCUGCACAUGGCAACUGGGCAGGAAGUAAGACUGCUCUUUAGCAGCUGUGAUGGCAUAUCUGGUUGUAUUUUCCUGGAAGAGGGGCUUCUUGGUUCAACAUCAUUUAAUGGAAAGAUAGAAAUGUGGGACACUGACAGUGGUUGUAGGACUGCUUGUAUUGAUGCCCAUUCCAGCAAUAUCACAGGAAGUGAUGUCAGUGCAGACAGAAAGCACUUUGCAACAGUCUCUUUGGAUACGAAGCUGAAGGUGUGGGCAUCUCCAAAGGGAACCCUUGCUGCCACACUCAUAAACCCCUGUCCUCUCAAUUGUGUGGCUUUUCAUCCCGAGGGUCAUAUUCUGGCACUUGGCUGUUGGGAUGGUUGUGUACGGCUCUGCAACUGGCUCAGUGGGGAGAUGGUUGUGGCUUUGUCUGGUCAUCAGCAGUCUGUGCGCAGCCUGUCCUUUUCUCUCUCCUCCUCUCUGCUCUCCUCUGGCUCUCUGUCUGGGGAGGUAAGGCUGUGGUCUGUUCCCACCUCAUCCUGUGUGGGGUGCUAUCAGGCUCACAAGGGAUCUGCAGAAGUGCUGAGCUUCAUGCAGGAAGGAAGACUGCUGUUGAGUGCUGGAUCUGACAGCAUGGUCAAGUUGUGGUCAGGGAGUCUUGGGUUUUCAGUGGGUCAGCUGGGAGGAGUAAAGACGCAGACAGAUUCAUACUGGUUCCCUGAAGUAAAAUCCCCAGCCCUCUGUGUAGCUGUUGCUGGGGUCUAUGCAGCUGUAGGUUACCAUGGUGAUGGCCUCCAGCUGUUUUCUGUGGAAUCGGGGAAGAGAAUAUGGGCCAGUGAAGAUGUCAGUGUGUCCAUACACUGCCUAGUUUGGGCCAUGACACAGAAUGAGGCGGAGCUGCUUGUCUCAGGGGGUGGGGACAGCUACAUGAGGAUCUGGAGGCGGACAGAGGGUGGCAUGGAGCCACAGGCCUCUUUUGGAAAGCAGAAGGCACCUGUCAUUGCCAUGGCUCAGUCCUCGACUUACCUGGCUUCCGCAUCAGAGGACUUCACCAUUGCUCUGUGGUCAAUUCAGGACUUGACUGCCAACCCAUUUACUGACCCCAGUCCAGUUUCUCUCCUCAGAGGUCACAGUAAAGGAGUCACAUGCUUGUGUUUCAGUCCCAGUGGGGAGCAACUUCUUUCAGGGGGGAAAGACCAGGCUCUGCUUGUGUGGAAUGUCAUGUCUUCCCCACCAUCACUUUCUCAGUCCCUCCUUCACUGUCAUGGAGACUGGAUAACUGGCUGUGCUUGGACCCCCCAUUUUGUGGUGAGCUGCUCUGUUGAUUGCACGGUACGUUUGUGGGAUCUGAGUACAGGACACUGGGUUCAAGAAUUUUCAGGGAGUGAUUCCCUAACUUCAGUUUGCUGUCUGCAAAAGUAUGUCAUUGCUGGGUCAGGACAAGGGGAGUUGUUGGUGUGGAACUCUGAAUCGGGGGUGGAGAUUACAAAGAUCCCUGCUCACAAGUCCACAAUCCACCAGUGCUGCGUGUUGGAUCACACUGAUUCAGGUAAGAGUCAAGAAGUCAAUGAAGAAAAUUUAAUGGUUGCCACAGCAUCUGAUGAUGGAAUAGUUAAAUUCUGGCAGCCAUUGAAGGUGCACCAUCACAGCACUAUUUCCGAGCACAGUGGAGGGAUACAGGCUGCAGCGAUGGGGCAGGAUGUAGUCUCAGCUUUUCUCACUGUGUCUGAAGAUUUUUCAUUAAGGUCCUGGUGCAUUGAUACAGCAAUGGAGGAAUGUCCCAUCAAAAAGGGCAGUGUCACAGCCCUCUGUUUCUCUCCCUUGGGUCAGCUGGUGCUCUUGGGCUACACCUCUGGUAGGGUGGAGAUGUGGUGGUUCCAGAGCUCUGUGUUAUGCUGGAAACAGGUGACUGAGCACAUGAUCACAGCAGUGACCUUUUUACAAGAGGAGCAGUUUGCCGUGAGCUCCGGUGACUGUUCUGUUUCUCUGUGGCAGCUGGCCUGGAAUUCUCAACGCACAUCUGCACACUUCCUUCAUGUGUCCUCUUACAAAGUUCCCUCGCCAGUGUUGUUCCUUCUGUACUGCUCUGUUCUGUUCGGCAUCUGCGAUGAUGAAUGCAUUUACAGCAUCACAGAGUCAGAGGAGACAAGGGAGCAUCAUGAAUUGAGUUUUUCAUAUAACACUGUGCCCUUGGGUACAAAACUUAAUGACAAGAAGAGUGCCUGGAUUCUGGGAGAGUCCAAGGGUGACAUUGUCCUGGGCUUCAUAUUUGCCAUGGGUCCUGACAUGGACAGAUCAUGUAGUACCUUUAAGAUGGAUGUUUCAGAGAAAGCUGCACCUGAACUGGCCUGCAAAACCUGCUUUACUGCGGCCACUUUGGACAAGGAGUUCAUGGUGUGUGGAGAUUCCAGGGGGAACCUUUGGUUCAAUAUGCCACCAGAACUAAGCUCCUGGAAGAAGAAGAUGGGGGUGCACCAUGACAGAAUCACCGUGUUGAGACUUACAGACAACAAGAUCAUCUCUGCGUCACACGACCGGACCGUUAAACUGUGGGACCUUCAAACAAAGAAACAGGUGGGACUGUUCAUAUGCAAAGGUCCUGUUGUGAGUCUUGAGGUGAACCCCUGUCACCCCAACGAACUGGUGUGUGCAGACAGACAGGGACAAGUGUACUACCUGUCCUGGAGGGAGUGACUUCUAUUUAUGGCACAUCUGAACACCCAUAUACACGCUUGCACCUCAACAUAUAAACACAGUUGAGACCAGAAGUUUGUAACUUGAAUUGGACAAUCCACUACAUCAUGGUUAAUAAAAGCUCAAUAAUACAACUUUAAUCCCUUGAUUCUUAAAAAUAAUUAACAAUAAUUAUUAAAUUAAUGAUUAUUAAAAUAAAAAUGUGCUGUUAAAACUUAUUUCAUUUUCCCAGAACAGCUCACAUAUUGCAGUGUUUGUGUUCCUCUGUACAGCAAACAAUGAGCCUAAAGCAAGACACAGCAAGACAAAGCAAAAUGUACUUUAAAAUGGCUGAAAGGUGGAUAAACAUAUAAUGUCCACAACCUCCUAUUCCAUGUGUUGUUGUGCUUUAUACAUUCAUAGAAGAUAGUGAUGUGUAUCAUCAUCCCCUUAACCUUGAAAUUUCUGGGGGCACCACUAAUGACCUGCUGCAUCAGUUGUAUAUUUUAAAUAGUCAAACUAAGCCAAAAAUUCAUAUAUUUAAUUUGCAUGGCUGUUAAAGUCAGUAGCUUUAAUUUACAUGUUGAAUGUUUACUUUUGUAGUCAGAUGUUGUGCAUUCUUUAAAUGCACACGAUGCCUGUACUCUGUACACAUGACAAUGAACUUGACGUGAUCUAGCUAAGGUGUUACGGCUGGGUUAGCAUUCUUUGAAUCAGUUGCAGUGUGCAACAGGCAAGGCCCACAUGUUUUAAAACAAGCCUGAAUUCUUGCACACUAAGAUAAUAAAGUUAAGAACCAACAUUCUUGAAGAAUAAUUUUCCUGUGCAAGUACCCAACCAAGAAAAAAUAUUAUGUACCAAAACUGUACUGUACCAUAACCUGUUUCAACUCCUCCCUGUCCUGGGUUUUCCUGCUACUAGCUAAGACAUUUUAGAGUUUUUUGUGUGACCCAUUACUUAUUUUAUAAACUUCCUUCAGCUGUCUCAUUCCUUAGUUCCCCAGGUUUUACUUGUUUCUUGUACACACACACACACACACACAUUUUCAGAACCGCUUGUCCCUUACGGGGUCACGGGGAACCGGAGCCUACCCGGCAACACAGGGCGUAAGGCCGGAAAUGGUUGUAAAUGAGUAGGGGCAGGUAGGAGAACUUUCUUGCUCGAAUAGGUUCCUCAGUGUAAGUGCUGUACUUAACCACACCAGUGUUGCUAUUUCAGCUUCAAGAAAUGAACUCAUGUACAUGAACUUCAUAAAUUAUAAUACAUUGCACUCUACAGAAAAGAGAUCCUUGCAAAAGUUACGGAUCACACAAUGGAUUUUCCUCACAGGUGGCUGUCACCCUUCUGUGCAGGCUGUUUGUGUACCAAUAUUGAAGGAAAUGAAGCCUAUAUUUUGAAUCUCUGCUAGAGAAGUCUCACCGUAACUUCAACAAGCAGUGUUCCAAACCUAGUGCUGAUAACCUUAUAGGUUGUCUGAGGUGGUGAAUUGGGGGUUUCCAUAUGAUUUUCACUAGUCAGUAACAGACUGGAUUUGACCCCAGAGAAUAUCCAAAAACAACAUUUUCCUAUCUUCCACUAGUUACACUUUUUUGCAGAGCAAUUUGUGAUGUUGGGCUAUCUACAACUUUGUAUCAAUUUAUAUACCUGGGUAAUUUUACUGGAGCAAUUUAGGGAAAGUAUCUUGCUCAAGGGUUCUACAGCUGGUGGUGGGAUUUGAACCUGUAACCUUUUGGGUCUAAAGGCAGCAGCUCCAACACAGUCACACCUAACAGGCACUGGUGCUGAAACCUGGGACAAGAGUGAGUUAAUCCUCAUGGAAUACCUGCCACUGACCUACCUUUUUGGUCCUCAAACUGCCAUCCAGCAACGAGCGGCUCCGGAUGUACUAUGUGAGGCCACAUACUUUUUACAGCCUGGACUGUGAAUGUUCAAAUGAUGUAUUAAAUACUGUGAGUUAUUAGUUUAAGCAGAUUAUCUAUUACUGUGACUUAGUUGAACAUUAGACCACAUUUUAUGAAUAAUACCAAAAGCCAGCAAAUUCCAAACGGUUCCCAAACUUUUUCUUGCAACUGUAUAUAAACAAUGUAUGUGUGAAUGUUAAAUUGUGUAAUAGUGUUUUCACAUAUUAUUCAUGUUAAUACUAAUAUAGAAUAGUAACACUACACAGCACUAUAGUUAUAUUUUCACAGUCUGGAAUUUUCACCUGCAUCACUCUCCAGAACAGGCUCUGCAUUCUGAAGGGAAAGCACCCUGAUCAGUGUUAAAGUGAUACAAAGUAAUAAUGCACAGAUAAAAAUACAC